AAUUGUGGAGUGAGUGACAAAGAUAUAAAUGCCCCCCUUCCCACACAAACCACCCCACUCUUUUCAUGCCCAUCAACAUAUUAUCUAACAUCAUAACUCACACUUUCUCCAUUUUAGUUGCUAACCACUUCUAUCCAUCUUAACACCAUGCCUCUAAUUGAGCUUCAUGAUUCAACUUCAUCACCAACUGAAGAAGUUGCAGUCUCUAUUCACAAGGUUGAAGAAGAUGUUAUUGAGUCAAAUUCAGAAGCACAGAACAACAACAACAAGCACUGGAGAAAACAGAAUCUGUUCUUGGAGAUACCUUCAAGAUCAUCUAAUGAACAUGUGAUGAUAAAAAUGCCUCAAACAUUAACUCCAACACCCAAAAAAGUCAACUUUAAUUUAACACCAAACUCUUCAACAGAGGUGCAAUCACCAGCUACUCACACACCAAAAACAAAAUCAUUAAAGAAAACUCUUUUAACCAAACUGAGUUUCAAAAACAGAAAUAUUGUUUCUGAUACAGAAAAGCCAGUUGUUAUUAUAAUUCCACCAACCCCUUCUUCUUUGCCUCAAGAAAAGUCUAAUUUUUCAAGAUCAUGGUCAUUUACAAAGAUCUUUACCCCUCGUGGGAAGACGCCGGCUUCUCUACCCGUUACCCCUGUUGCUCAUUCGGGCCUGGGCUCUGAACCCGUAUCCGGAAGCUCGACGGGCUCCCUCAGUUCAGAGGCUAAAGUCAAGGGACAUAUGGUUCGAUCGCGAUCAGCGCCAAAUCUUGAAAAGGAAACAACUCUCAAGAGAAUGGAUUCGUUUUUUCGUGUGAUUCCUUCGACUCCACGAGUGAAAGAGGCUGAUGCCACCACUCCAACCCCUACUCCAACCGGUAACAACGAAGAUGACAACGAAGUUGAUGACGCUGAAGACAUACCUGAAGAAGAGGCGGUUUGUAGAAUAUGUUUUGUUGAAUUAUGUGAAGGUGGAGAAACCUUAAAGAUGGAAUGCAGCUGCAAAGGUGAACUUGCUUUAGCCCAUCAAGAAUGUGCCAUAAAAUGGUUUAGCAUAAAAGGUAACAAAACAUGUGAUGUGUGCCAUCAAGAAGUCAAAAACUUACCCGUUACACUAUUAAGAAUUCAGAGUAGUGCUAGAAACCGAAGUUCUGGUGCAAGCAGAGCUACUCAAAUGGAUAUUAACGCGUAUGGCGAUAUCUAUAGGGUUUGGCAGGAAGUCCCGAUUCUCGUCAUUGUUAGCAUGCUUGCAUACUUCUGUUUUCUCGAGCAGCUUUUGGUUGGGGACAUGGGUACAAGUGCAAUCGCGCUCUCUCUACUGUUUUCAUGUGUCUUGGGUCUUCUGUCAUCCAUGACAUCAUCCACCAUGGUGAAGAGACAAUUCGUCUGGUUAUAUGCAGCAAUUCAGUUUUCAUUUGUCGUGAUCUUCGCACAUGUUUUCUACGACCUGAUACAUAUUAAUCCAGUUUUAUCGAUUCUUCUUGCAACAUUCGCGGGGUGUGGGGUCGUCAUGUGUGCUAGUUCAGUUCUUGUUGAGGUUUUAAGACUAAGAAGACGAUGGCUUGCUAGAUCGAAUAACCAGACUGAUUCUGAGCCUAUUUUACAUUAAGAAACGCAACCAACAUCAUCUUCGCAUGUCCAAACAGAAAUCCGCAACGUAGAAGCUUCUAGUGGGAACUAAUGUCUUAUUGAGGUUGCAUUAGCUGUAGCUUAAGUUUUAGAUUAUAGUUAGACAGAGAGUAUGUUGGUGUGUAAGUUUUAGUCUGUAUAUUAUUAGUAGAAACACUAUAGUUUUCUGUAACGAUAAUUAGUAAUAUAGUAUAUUGGAUAGAGGCUUAUUUAAACAAGAGAUAUUUUUAUUUGCCGGAUUUUUAUAUAAAAUAGGUAUGAAUUUUUGGAGU